AUGGAUUCAAUCAUCAGGCAGGCUGUUCGAGAGGAACUGAGACGUUCGAGUUCUAGUCGUCCAGAAACUGCGUCUUCUACUAAUCAAGAUGAUCAGAGAAGAAGUGAAAACGAAUCAGGUGCGGCUGGAUCAUCACGAAGUUCGUUUUCAUCACGAACAGUGGGCCGUUUGUCAGGGUUGCUGAACCGAAUGAGGAAAGGUGGCGGAAAGGAAAGCUCUAGUAAAAAGCGGAAAGUAGUUAAAGAACACAGAAUACAGGUGAGAUGGUUACACUAUGACCCGCCUAAAAAGGCCUUUGUUCCUGUUCGACAAAAAAACGGAGGUGGAAAUCGCUUUAUUGCAUAUACCAAUGAUGACCCUCCAAGCCUUGAGGAAAUCAUGGAGAAGGCUUCUGCGUUGUUUUUCCCGGGGGGAAAGAGUGUCUUUGCAGGCCACCUGGACGAAAUGAACAGGUGGAUUUGCGAUACCACAGGAGUUGCUAUUUUUGAUUUCUUAGAGGGAGGAGGAGGAACAGUGGAAGACUACUUGAAGUCGAAUGGUCUGUAUCCAUCAUCGACCUAUUUUUACCUUCGAACGCAACCCAGACACCUUUCUAAUGACGAAUUUGAAGAUAGCCAGGGCAUUCCACCCAUGAAAUUGGAGAGUGCUCCAACAGCUUGUUGUGCCACAGCAUCAACUGCAACACAUUCCACAAAAGAUGUUGCCAGAGAAGUGUGCAAAACAUGCAGCUGUACAUAUGAGAAGGGACAGACCUGUAUCCGCUGUGAGCAAAACCAUGAGUAUGAGGAAAGCCUAAGGGCUGACUCAGUGGCUAACACUCCCACAGAAAUUGAGAACUUAAGUGAUGAGCUAUCCUCCAAUAUUCAGCCUCCUUCUUUGGAUGAAAUUAGAGAUCUUCGUAUGGCUUAUUAUCAAAAUAGCAGCCUGGUUCCACCAACACAUGACUAUACUGUUAACUGUAAUUCUCGUGCGAUAACAAGUCAUAAUGACAACAUGUUUCAACCUACUGUUUCACCAAGUAACAGUGAUAUCACAAUCAAUUCUCUUCCUCAAGACAUGCAUUCAAUACCGGGUACCUUUCAAGAUGCUGACACAACAAGAGAUCAAGAUGAAAAUGCAGGAUCACAAUUACGUGCACUUGAAAUCCAUCGUUCUUGUGUUUGUGCUGAUAUGAUCAGAUAUUUUCAAGAUGCAGACAUCAUGAACUCUGAAUUGGUGUUCACAAUUAUUAAUGAAAGGGGAGAACGUGAGGAAGGUGCGGGAAUUGGCGUCAACAGAGAAGUCUUCUCCUUAUUUUGGUCCGACUUUGCUGAUUCAAUGACAAUAGGUGAAAGGGAAAGAGUUCCGUUUAUACGUCAUGACCAUUUUAUUAAAGAGUGGGGGGCCAUCGGACGAAUUCUGGUUAAGGGGUACAUAUCUGUGUCAUACUUCCCAAUGUUCCUUGCCAAGGGCUUCAUUUGUUACUGUUUAUUUGAUACAGAGGUACCUGACAGCAUUCUUCUGGACUCAUUUAUGAAGUAUCUGUCACCCAUUGAAGAAGAACUGGUCAGUGAUUACCUACACAGAACAAACUUCCCUGAUGAAAAUGAUGAGCUGUUUGAUUUUCUUGAACGGUUUAACUGCAGAACAACAGUGAAUGAGGGUAAUUUGAGAAAGGUGCUCAUAGAGAUUGCAAAUCAAGAAUUGAUUCAAAAACCCCAUGUGAUGAUUGCAACUUGGCAACCAAGUGUUCAAAUCCUGAAACAAUAUCCACAGUUUCAGAGCAUUGCAGCAGUUCAGGCUCUAUAUGAUACACUCAAACCAACAAACAAGAAAGUUCUUGAAAAACUAGUGGCCCAACCAAAUACAGAUGGAGAACGUGAUGCUAUGAAAUUCUUGCAAAGAUAUAUCAGGGGCUUAGACAAUGCAAAACUCGUCCAGCUCCUGAGAUUUACUACAGCAUCUGAUGUUAUGAUUAGCAACCAGAUUGAAAUUGCGUUCACAAAACUUGAGGGUGCUGCCUGUCGACCCAUUUCACACACGUGUGGACCUCUGUUGGAACUACCCUCAACAUACUCUAAUUUUGUUGAGUUGAGGGAGCAAUUUAACAACAUUUUAAACAAAGGCAACUGGGAGAUGGACAUAAUGUGA